AUGACUACAAGCACGAUCCUGGAUACGAUUGGAAAUACCGCUUUGUUAGAAUUGCAGCAUGUCAGGCCAUCCAACGGUUCUCGAAUUUUCGUGAAACUAGAGAGCCAAAAUCCGACAGGGAGCAUGAAAGAUCGAAUGGCAUUGGCAAUGAUCUCAGCUGCGGAAGCUGACGGGCGAUUGAAACCUGGCGGGGCCGUGGUAGAGUACACCGGUGGUAGUACCGGCGUGUCGUUGGCAUUGAUCUGCACUGCAAAGAAACAUCCCCUUCACCUCGUUACGUCCGAUGCCUUCUCCAAAGAAAAGCUAGACCAUAUGAGGCUUCUUGGGGCCAAUUUGACGAUCUUGCCCAGCGAGCAUGGCAAACAAACGGAGAAGCUCACGAAAGAUAUGAUUCGUGAAGCACAUGCUAUUGCUGAGAAGACUGGCGCCUAUAUCACUGCGCAAAUGAACAACACCGACCAGUUGCAUGCAUAUCUGAAGCUCGCCGACGAGAUUUGGGAGCAGACUGGCGGCAAAAUCGAUGGAUUUGUACAGAGUGUGGGAUCAUCUGCCUCAUUUCGCGGGACUUCUGAGAUUCUUCGUCAGAGGAACGAUCGUAUCACUUGUGUCGCUGUGGAACCGUCCGAGUCGGCCGUUCUCUCUGGGGGUCCAUCUGGAUCACACAAUAUUGAUGGCACCGGAGCCGGCUACGUCGUGCCCCUGUGGUACGAUGGUGUGGCUGAUGAAAUCGAUCGCGUAUCAACAUAUGAUGCGAGGGCCAUGGCAUUUCGCCUGGCAAGGGAAGAAGGUAUUUUCUGCGGUACUUCUUCCGGGGCCAAUGUGACAGCAGCUCUGCGCUUAGCAGAGCGUCUUAAGCCCAAUUCAACUAUUGUUACUAUCAUGUGUGACACGGGCAUGAAGUACUUGAAGUCUUUCUCCCAGGAGCUUGUCUCAGGUGUCUAG